CACCCACGGCCCCUACCCACCCCACACCCCUCUCAACUCUCUCUCACACUCAUUCCACACCACCACCCGCCGCCGGAGAGGGGGCUGUUCUACAGUUCCGGCGAAGUAUUUUGACGGCUCAAACCUGAUAUAGAGCUGAAGACAUGAGUGAAGACGCAAAAAGAAGCGGAGGAGCUCCGGCAGCGAAGCCUACCUCCGAUGAUCGGAGAAUCUCAUCAGGUUCCGUUCCUUCACCUACCGGUACAAAAGUUACCAUAAAGAGUGCAGAUAUGAAACCUGAUGUACAAAAGGAGGCCGUCGACAUUGCUAUUGCUGCAUUUGAGAAGCAUAAUGUAGAGAAGGAUGUAGCUGAACUGAUUAAGAAGGAGUUUGAUAAGAAGUACGGUCCUACUUGGCAUUGCAUCGUCGGAAAAAACUUCGGCUCUUAUGUGACUCAUGAAACGAACCACUUUGUCUACUUCUAUUUGGAUUCAAAAGCUGUACUUCUGUUCAAAUCUGGGUGAACUUGGUAAUAACAUUGAUGGAGACACUAAUGAGAGUUAACUCGGAUGAUGAUGCUAUAUUUUGCGGUUGUACUAUUCAAUUGAAAAUUCCAAGCUGCAACAAUUUGGUGGAAAAUUCAGUUGUACCUGUAUAUUUCUGCUUUUACAUUGUGUAAACAAUUCUAAACUUGAUCAAACUUCUCUAAGUUGUUCGU